UUCAGUCUCGGAUUGCAUAUUUUCAGUAACACAGCAUAGGUGAUUCAUUCAAAAUUCUGGGAUAGAUAGAUUUAUGUUAACAAGCUGAGAACGGUGCCCGGCAUGAAGCGCGUUUGCGGGCAGACUCAAGCACUCAGCGUGCCAUUUUCGAGCCAUAAAUGCACCCUGAGGCCACCUCGUAGGGCAUACAAAAAAAUUAACAAUGCGCCAAGGGCCGCACAACAAUCUUCGGGGGCUGAUGAUCUGAUUAGGGAAGCGGAUAACCUGCUGGCACAGAUGGCCAAGGGCCAGGUGAAGAAGAAGGCACAGAGUAUUGAAGAGUCCACCUUGGACAACGGGGAACGACCUGGCUUCCAGCUGCAGUGCGACGUGAAUGGAUGCACCAUCGUCCCAGUCUCACAACUGGAUGCUGCCAGAAGUCCUGCAGGUAGCUUUGUGGGCACCAGUGGCAGCAUGGCAUCUGGGUCCGAGCCCAGUGACUUUGUGCUGGCAGAGGGCCGUGGGUGGAAAUUGGGCUAUGACAGAAGCCCAUCAGAUCCCAAGGGCUACACCGCCAUAAUUGCCUCUGACACUUGGUCCAUGGCAGUCACCAAGUCAGAGUAUGAUGACUUCGUCAAGCUGUUGAAGAAUCUUCGGCGGAGCGUUGCAACGCUGCAGAUCUGCGGGGAAUGGCGAUCAGAAAACGACGAGGAUGCGAUGUUGGAGAUGUCCACUCAGCGUGUGUGGAUGCAGGGCCGCGCACCGCAGAAGCGGCUCACUGCUCUGCAGGAGAUCUGGAACCGUGGCAGAGGCAAUCAUGAGCAGGAAGCCUUCUCACUGCGUUUCAUCAUAAUGGCCCCUGAUCGCAGAGAGGUGGAGGGAAACUGGAGCGCUGAGGUGGUUAUGCAAGUGCUGCGCCACUUGGAUGGUGAGCUGGACUCUGCAGACCAGUCAGCUCCGGCCAAUCAGACUGUCAACGAGGCAGUCCCCGCAUAG